AUGAAGAUCACACAACGGCGGCUUCUUUUUCUGAGAGAAAUAAGGUCACUUGAUUUUUUAGGGUGUAGACUCGCCGUUUCCUCUUCAACAAGACAUAAAGCAGAAUCGAUCCAAGACGUUGAAAGAGAACGGGCACCGUCUCGACACUUCUCUGACGACGAUGUUACCUCCUCCGUGAACCAACAGCGUUUGCUUACCUCUUCAGCCGCGGCUAGGCUUCUCCGCUUAUCUGUAUCCACCGACGCUGAAGGAGAUAAUAAAUCCAACGGCUCAGAUCACGCAAAGCUCUUUAACACUCCCGCCUCCUCACCUCUUCGCCGAUCCUUGAGUUCAUCUUGCGAUGAUGUUAGAGCUUCAUUGUCGGUUAAAGGACAACAAGCGGAUGCACACUGUAUGAAACUGCUUCAUAACCGUUACCUGCAAUGGAGAUUCGCAAAUGCAAGUGCUCAGGUCAAAACUCAAGCUCAGAAAGCUCAAGCCGAGAUUCCUUAUUUGGAACAAUGGAUAACUCUUCUUGAAGAAGAAUACUUAACUUCAGUAUCAGAAACAUCUGAAACUUUAUUGAAUGCUUCAUUGUGGCUCCCUUUUGAUGCUGAUAUCAAAGUUGAGUAUAAAGAGUUAGCAGAAACACUUGAUGUUGCCUCGAAGUUUAUGGAAGGCAUUGUGCAAAACAUUGGAAAUUUUGUGCCUAAGACACAAGAGAUGGAGACGUUGAUGUCGGAACUAGCUAAAGUAAGCAGUAGUGAAAAGGCAUCAGUUGAAGACAGUGGAGUUGCACUGCUUAAUACACAUUCAUCACAUAUUGAAGAAUGCUAUCUUAGAAGUCAGCUUAUUCAGCACCAUCACCAGAAGUGUGAACUCCAAGGGAGCAAACAUUUUGUUUGA